AGGAGCCUCAACACAGUGAGACAGCCAGAGCAGGCCAGAGGCAAGAGGCCCCAGGAGACAGUGAAGAUCAGAGGCAAGAGGCCCCAGGAGUAGAGGCGGCAGCCCAAGCAGCAGGACCAGGACACCGUGUGGCCAGGCGGGUGAGGCUCGGCCAGGAUGCUGCUGGGCCAGCUCUGGAGAGCUAUCAGCAAGGAGCUGUUUGCUGAGUUCCUGGCCACAGGGCUGUACGUGUUCUUCGGUGUGGGCUCCAGUCUGCCCUGGCCCUCGGCGCGUCCCACCAUGCUACAGACCGCCAUCACCUUCAACCUGGUCACGGCCGUGGCUGUGCAGGUCACCUGGAAGGCCAGCGGGGCCCACAUCAACCCUGCUGUGACGCUGGCCUUCCUCGUGAGCUCCCAAAUCUCCCUGCCCCGUGCCGUGGCCUAUGUGGCUGCUCAGCUGACGGGGGCCAUUGUGGGGGCCUCAGUGCUUUAUGCGGUCAUACCAGGAGACAUCCAAGAGACCCUUGGGAUUAACAUGGUCCAGAGCAACGUCUCAACUGGCCAGGCCGUGGCAGUGGAGCUGGUUCUGACCCUGCAGUUGGUGCUCUGUGUUUUUGCUUCCACCAACAACCGUCAAGCAUCGGGCUCCCCAGCUAUCGUGAUUGGGAUCUCUGUGGCAUUGGGCCAUCUCAUUGGGAUCUACUUCACCGGCUGCUCCAUGAACCCGGCCCGCUCCUUCGGCCCCGCCAUCGUCGUUGGGAAGUUCACGGUCCACUGGAUCUUCUGGGUGGGACCCCUGACAGGAGCUGUCCUGGCUUCGCUGAUCUACAACUUUAUCCUGUUCCCUGACACCAGAACCAUGGCCCAGCGACUGGUCAUCCUCAUGGGCACUGAAGAAGUGGAGAAAAUGACAGGGGUGGAGCCCGAGAAGAAAGAAUCCCAGUGCAGUUCAGGGGAUACUGAAAUGGGGAAUGCAUGUCAGGUGGUAUAGAACUUGGCCCCCACCUUCCGGCUUCUGAGAGGCGCCCUUUAGGUGGGUAGCAUGCCUCGUAGAACUAGACUUCAGGUUUUACAAGGAAAGCGGGGUUGGGGGUGGAUGAGGGCAGGAAAGACGGGGAGGCAUGGCCCCUUGUCCUAACAGGGUGGGCAGGGAAUGCCACUCCCUAUCCCUGGCAUUAUAUUUCUGGAUAGAAAGAAUCUGGGGAGCAAAUCUGUUCAGUUUCCUCCUCCUACAUCUCUUAAUGGGACAGAGCAGAAGGAGGCAGGGGAAUUCAUGACUGUCUUACCCUUCUUUCAUCCAUCUGGACUCUAGUGGGCAUCCUGGGCCUCCAGACCCCCUUGUCUUGGGUAUUGGAGCCCAGACAGCCACUCAGCUUAGACACUAAGAGAUGUAGAGACCUCGGGGAGCCCCAACUUCUCACCCCACCCUUGGGGGAGAGAGCCAGACUUCCCAGAAGAAUCAGGUCCCAGGACAGUCUCUGAGCUCCUCAAAGGUAUAUCUCUGCUCUUGGGUAUGGUUUGGGGGCUAGGGACCUGCCCUCAGCGUGGGGGCUUCCUGAGGAUAGAGACAGCCCUUCCAAUAGAUCUUCAUUCCUCACACCUCCAAAUGCUCAGGAGAGGACCCCAUCCUUGGAAAGCGCUGACACAAAGAGGAGCCUUUUCUAGGGCUGGCAGAGGGGCAGCAUAUAGGCAAGGGAGGUUUGGGCCAAACAGGCCUUUUCCAGGUGUUUGCCCACCUUCCAUCCCCCAUCCCCAUUCAUGGGAGCAAUCCAGAGAGGGGGGAAGUCCCUAUCACAGCCCCCAGCCCAUGACCUGGGCCACAAGCUGUCUCCAGCCUCAUUCUCAGUUCUACCAAGAUACUCAAAAAGCUAUUAAUUCCAAGGAUGGUAAGAACUCAGGAAUGACCCAAGAAACCAAGAUUUGCCUUCAGUGCCUCUGAAGGACUCCUAGGUCUCAAUUGGUUUGCUAAUAUUUACAAGCUGCUAUAAACAUACUCUCCCCAUGACUUGGGGUCCUACCUGGAUCUCGGCUUCCCCAGCUAUAAAAUGGGCAUAGUCCUCCCCCAGGGCCUGCUGUGAAAACAAGAGAUUGGAAAAUGUUUUUGGAAGUUAAAAUGCUUAAA